GGCUUCGCGCCGGCAGCUUCCGCAGUCUUCCUAGAUUAAUCAGUCCCGUCUCCCGUCCUCCUGACUCUGCCCUGAUUUUACUCUUAUCUCAACAGAGGACCGCGGACUCAUUUCCGCCACCAUCCGGAUACUUCCGGAAUCUCUGCGAGCCGCCCGUUGCCAUGGCGACUGUGUACACAGCCCGGCAGCAGUGCGUGCCGGGUUUCGGUCGCUCCUGUCAGUGGUUGCGCUGCCGGACGGCCGCUACUUCAGGAGCGUAGUGACUGAAGAUGGACCCACAUAUGGAGAUUCAACCACCCUCCGACUUCCAGCCACGACCAUCACUAUCACCCACCAUUUCUUGAGCACCUGCUUUAUGCUAGGCACUGUUCUGGACAUUGAUGGGGGAUUCAAAAGAGAGAAAAGGCACAGUCCUAUCCCUCAAGCAGCUUGUAAUUUAAUUUGGGAGUUGAAACCCACUCAAAUGAUGCGGCGUAAGAACAAUAACAAGCAUUAUUUCACUAGAAUGAGUACUAGGAAAAAAGUUCAUGCAUUUGUCCGUGUCAGACCCACCGAUGACUUUGCUCAUGAAGUGAUCAGAUAUGGAGAUGACAACAAAAGCAUUGAUAUUCACUUAAAAAAAGAUACUCGGAGGGGAGUUGUCAAUAACCAGCAGACAGACUGGUCUUUCAAGCUGGAUGGAGUUCUCCAUGAUGCCUCUCAGGACUUGGUUUAUGAGACAGUUGCAAAGGAUGUGAUUUCUCAGGCCCUCGAUGGCUAUAAUGGCACCAUCAUGUGUUAUGGGCAGACGGGAGCUGGCAAGACAUACACCAUGACGGGGGCAACUGAGAAUUACAAGCACCGGGGGAUCCUCCCUCGUGCUCUACAGCAGGUUUUUAGGAUGAUCGAAGAACGCCCCACACAUGCCAUCACUGUGCGUGUUUCCUACCUGGAAAUCUAUAAUGAGAGCCUGUUUGAUCUUCUGUCCACUCUGCCCUAUGUUGGACCCUCAGUCACACCAAUGACCAUCGUGGAAAACCCUCAAGGGGUCUUCAUUAAGGGCUUGUCAGUCCACCUCACAAGUCAGGAGGAAGAUGCAUUCAGCCUCCUUUUCGAGGGAGAGACCAACAGGAUUAUAGCCUCCCACACGAUGAACAAAAACUCAUCCAGGUCACACUGCAUUUUCACCAUCUACGUGGAGGCCCAUUCACGGACCUUGUCAGAUGAAAAGUACAUCACUUCCAAAAUUAACUUGGUGGAUCUAGCAGGCUCGGAAAGGCUGGGGAAGUCUGGGUCAGAGGGCCGAGUCCUGAAGGAAGCUACCUACAUCAACAAGUCGCUGUCAUUCCUGGAGCAGGCCAUCAUUGCCCUCGGGGACCAGAAGCGGGACCACAUUCCCUUCCGGCAAUGCAAGCUCACCCAUGCCCUGAAGGACUCUUUAGGGGGAAAUUGCAAUAUGGUUCUUGUGACAAACAUCUAUGGAGACGCCGCCCAGUUAGAAGAAACGCUGUCUUCACUGCGAUUUGCCAGCAGGAUGAAGCUGGUCACCACUGAGCCUGCCAUUAACGAAAAGUAUGACGCUGAGCGAAUGGUCAAGAACUUGGAGAAAGAACUGGUGCUGCUCAAGCAGGAGCUAGCUAUCCAUGACAGCCUGGCUAACCGCAGCCUUGUGAACUACGAUCCCAUGGAUGAAAUCCAGAUUGCCGAGAUCAACUCCCAAGUGCGGAGGUACCUGGAGGGGACGCUGGACGAGAUCGAUAUAAUCAACCUCAGACAGAUCCAGGAGGUGUUCAACCAGUUCCGGGUGGUUCUGAGCCAACAGGAACAGGAAGUGGAGUGCGCUUUGCGCAGGAAGUACACUCUCAUAGACAAGAAUGACUUUGCAGCCAUUUCUGCUGUCCAGAAGGCAGGGCUUAUGGACGUUGAUGGCCACCUAGUGGGCGAGCCUGACGGACAAGGCUUUGGACUCGGGGUUGCCCCUUUCUCUGCCAAACCUGGGAAGAAAGCCAAGUCCAAGAAGACAUUCAAAGAGCAACUCAGCUCCUCGGCAAGAAAGGAAGGUGCCAGCAGCCCUGUGGGUGGCAAGGACUUGGAUGUUUCUAUCUCUAAGACUCAGCUGACCCCAUCCUCCAAGGAUGGGGAUGUCAAAGACAUGCUUCUGCGGGACCGGGAGACCUCCAACAUCGAGCCCCCUUCCUCGGACUCCCCAAAGGAAGAAUUACGCCCACCCAGGCCUAGCACCCCACCCUCCAAGCCUGUGGCCUUUGAGGACUUUAAGAACGAGCGAGGUAGUGAGAUUAACCGCAUCUUCAAAGAAAACAAAUCCAUCUUAAAUGAACGGAGGAAAAAGGCCAGCGAGACCACACAGCGCAUCAAUGCCAUCAAGCGGGAGAUUGACAUGACCAAGGAGGCACUAAAUUUCCAGAAGUCACUAAGGGAAAAGCAAGGUGAGUAUGAGAACCAGGGGCUGAUGAUCAUUGAUGAGGAGGAGUUCCUGCUGAUCCUGAAGCUCAAAGACCUCAAGAAGCAGUACCGUACUGAGUAUCAAGACCUGCGUGACCUCAGGGCAGAGAUCCAGUACUGCCAGCACCUGGUGGAUCAGUGUCGCCACCGCCUGCUCACAGAAUUUGACAUCUGGUACAAUGAGUCCUUCUUCAUCCCUGAGGACAUGCAGGUGGCACUAAAGCCGGGUAGCAGCAUCAGACCGGGCAUGAUACCUGUCAGCAGGAUCAUGUCUCUGGGAGAAGAUGACCAGGACAAGUUCAGCCAGCUGCAGCAGACAAUGCUGCCCGAGGGCCCUGAUUCCAUCUCCUUCUACAAUGCCAAAGUCAAAACGGAACAGAAGCACAAAUAUUUGAAAACCAUGAUGGGUCUCCAGCAGACACAGAGAAAAUGAAGACUCAUUGCCAGUGCCUUGAAGGACAAGACCCCCAGCAACUCCUGCCUGCUCUAGUGGAGCUGCUAAACCACCUGCUCAGAGCUCCAACCACUCUGCUGCAAGGCUGGGGCCCAGCCCAGAACACACAAUGACCUGCCUGCCGGGAGGAACGUCCUUCUAAGGACACCCUUGCUUAUCUUCUCAGAAUACUUUUGGUUUCAGUUUACUGGCUUUGGUGCAGGGAAAGGAUAAAAUCACUUUCUAGUCUGGACUUUUAGUGCUCAUCCAAGAACUUUAUUUCCUGUCUGUGAGGAUGUCUUCCCUGUGUACAGGUGGGGUCAGAAUUGAGUCCCCAGUAAAAAAGUGAAAAAGUAGCUCAGCCAGGCUCUUCCUGGCAGGCCUUUGUCCCAUUUGUCAGCUUCUUUCCUUUCCUGAAUGGACAUCCUUGGGGUGAGCUGGGUCUGAGGAACCCUGGUUUUCACAGCUCCCUCAGACUGUAGGUCCUCUCAGGGCAUCCUCUCUGUGUUCCUGAGCCAGUGAAGGCAAGAGGCCCUCAUUCCUCAGUAACCAGGAGAGGAUUGGGUCUCGGUUUAAAUGGCUGAAAGGCCACCAUUAUUUUUUUUUCAUCUUGAAGUAAGAAGAGGCUUCAGAUGAGAGCAGUCCUACCAUGAAGUUUGCAGCAAGAGCCCCACAGUGCGAGGCUGUCUGGCAAGGAGAUUGCAGAACCUGCACCAGAAGGAAGGUUGAACUAAAUGACAUCCGCCAGUGAAAGACCCUGUGAUUCUGUUCUUCAGUCCAUCAGUGAGCAGAUGGAUAGUUUUGUUGAAGAGACAAAGCAGGCUUCUCUUAAGGUCUCUGCUGUCUCUGCUGUCCAGACCCUUUCUCUUUCAUGGACUGAUACAUGAUGUCCUGACACAGCUUUUAGGGACUCCUGCUACACCAAGGUUUCCUAGGGCAGCUUUGAAGUCCCCCGACUUCACUCCCCUAGGUGACAUACACAGGGACUGUCACUGACCAGCACUAAUGGUGUGCACACAGCUGUGUUGUGAGUCCUCAUGUUUCCUUUGGUUGUGGCCAAACAGGCAGGUCUGCCCAGGCUCUGCUGCUCACCUUGCCAGCUAUUGUAGGGCUUAGGCAGAGAGUUCUGAUUCUUUCUUUUCUUGGCUGUGCCUCCCUUACUGGGACUUUUUUGGGGUUCCUGGGUCUUUGGGGCAUCUCAGGAAAUAGGACAUAACCAACAGAGGGUGCAUCAUCUUGUUGGGGCCAGGGGAAGCAGCCAUUUGUGGCAUUAUCAAUCCCCUUUCCCUUCAUUCCCCAUCGCUGGCUAGAAUGGCAUGUGGCAUUCUGGACAUCCUUCCAUAGAAUUUCUGGACAGCCAGUCUUGAGGCCUGCUGGUUGGGGCAAGCUGGGCCUGUCUUGUGGUGGUUGGUCACUCUAGCUCAUUCAUCACCACAUAGGCCUCUCUGGUCAGUUCUGGCACAAACUGAAACAAGUAAUCAUCAGGGUGGAGAAAGCCACAGGAAUAAGCCAGGAUGGUGCUCGGUAGAUCACUGUCCACACAAAUUCCUCACAGGAGCAGAUGCUUCCAACAUGACAGGGAGCUAGGGGGCAUCAUGUCCAGUCAGGUAGGCCUGUUCUAGAAAAUAGUUCCUGCUGAGCUAAUCUGACCAUCAAAAUCACCCCUGAAGGGACUUCCAAUUGCAUCAAUGUGACAGAUAAAAUAACCUGAAAACACUCAUACUGCAAACAGAGAUGCUGGCUGAAGUAUGACAGUCUUUUAAAUGCAAGGCUAAAUUAGCAGGAAAGAAGAGGAACUGCCAGGAGCUAGAGAACUGAAAACCAGAGUGGUCCGCGUGUGAAGUGGCUGUGGCAGCUGGAGAUGGGUAGAAGGGGUGUGAGUGGACUGCUUCUCUUGAGCGUCAAUGUCCACGUAAGUAUGAGAGAGAAGACUCCGGCCCACGCCCUAUAAGAAGUUGGAAAUGGGACCCCUGCAUAAAACUGGCACCCUGACACCCUGAAGGCUUCAUCCUUGAUGAAGAGGUGAGCUAGAAAAGGUUCCCCCACUGGCAUGGAGAAAUAACAAGGAAACUUUCCCAGAGAUAAGAGGGAACAGGUCCUGUGAGAAUUUGCAACCACGCACAGGAUUGAGAUGCAAAUUUAUACUGUGUGGUCCAGGAACCAAAAGGCUGAGAAAUUAGCAUAAAAAUCACCCCAAGUCUGUAGAACCAAAUAAAAAAAUCUACAUACUCUUUACCUAGCUACACAGCAUUCCCACAAAGCCCUAGUAAACAUGAGCUCCAAAGAUUAAAACACACGCACAUGUGUGUGCAUGUGCACAUGCGUGCACAGAAACAACUUAUCAUGUGGAGGUACAAUGAAAGCAGGAUCAGACUUAUAAGAGCUUCAGAUAACAAAUUACUCGAUAAAGAUUGUACUGUAUAUAUAUGUUUUACAUAAAGACAAAAGUAGGAAUCAAAAAUAUGAUAAAGGCUAUCAAAAUAGAUCACAGAUUUUUUUAAAAGCAGAGUCUCUAGGAAUGAAAAAAAUGUAUUUCUUUUCUUUUUUUGAGAGUUCAGCUUUUUAUUGAACAUGUUACAAGAGGUUUAGUCAAAAAGACCAAAGCCCAUGUCAUCAUCAGACUCCUCAAUUCUUCUUUCUUGGCUUCCACUUUCUUCUCCUCAGCUGGGGCGGCAGUGGUGGAGGGGGCAGGACCUCCUGCUGGUCCAGCACUAGCUCCUGGGGCGGGUCCACCAGCUCCUACACUGCAUAUGAGGCUGCUGAUGUUGACAUUGG